AUUUGAAGGGAUAAGGUACCAGAUCCUCCUAAGCUUUUCUCCCUCUCCUGAGGGACAAACCCCUGACUCUAUAAUUCUGCCUUUAACUUCAUACUGGAGCCGCAAUAUGACCGCGAAAAGUCCUCACCCACCUGAGGAGGAAAAUCGCCACAUGAGCACGCUUGAACGACUUUUAUCUUCCUCCGAAGCCCCCCAGCAUGAAGAAGAGUGUUUUGAUGAAAAGUGUAACAAAUUUUUGGGUGCCGUCAAUAAUUUGAAAUACCACCUUUCCAACGAGCCGGACGAGCCCAGGAUCAAGAUCUUUACCACCGGACUAAAGGAUUUACGAGAAGAGUAUCGAGAAUUCAUGCGCCGACCCAAGAUCAACGAUUUUGUUCUGAAUUCGUUGAUGAAUGCCCUGUUUGGUGGUCCUCCUCAGUUGGUCAGCAUGAGAAAGAAAGAUGGGAAGGAUCGAGAAACAGAUGACGCCAUGAAAGAAGGGAGACCUAGUUUUUAGGGCUGAGAUAUUUACGUGACAACAAACCUGGAUACGGCGAUGGGAGGUUUGAGUUUAGGAUGUCUGAACUGAUUUGGAAUGGAAGAUGCAGCGCAGCUGUGAGAGGCUGCGACAUUUCUUCUCAGAAAGGGCCGCCAUGAUUCUAUUUACUAGCUUUACCUGACUAAAAUUGUGAUAGGAAAUAUGAUCACCCACGCUUAUUGAGAAGCACAAAAAUCAACCUUGCGAGGCGUGAAUUAUAUGGCCGAUAGAAAUCUGGGCUGCAGUGAAUAAGUAGAG